GUCAAUUUCGGCUGCUCAGACUUGCUCCGGCCUUCGCUGUCCGCGCCCAGUGACGUGCGUGAGGACCCGAGCCCCAAUCUGCACCCCGCAGACUCGCCCCCGCCCCAUACCGGCGUUGCAGUUACCGCUCGUUGCGCGCCACCCCCAUGCCCGCGGGUCGCCCGGGCCCCGUCGCCCAAUCCGCGCGGCGGCCGCCGCGGCCGCUGUCCUCGCUGUGGUCGCCUCUGUUGCUCUGUGUCCUCGGGGUGCCUCGGGGCGGAUCGGGAGCCCACACAGCUGUGAUCAGCCCCCAGGACCCCACCCUUCUCAUCGGCUCCUCCCUGCAAGCUACCUGCUCUAUACAUGGAGACACACCUGGGGCCACUGCUGAGGGGCUCUACUGGACCCUCAAUGGUCGCCGCCUGCCCUCCGAGCUGUCCCGCCUCCUUAACACCUCCACCCUGGCCCUGGCCCUGGCUAACCUUAAUGGGUCCAGGCAGCAGUCAGGGGACAAUCUGGUGUGUCACGCCCGAGACGGCAGCAUUCUGGCUGGCUCCUGCCUCUAUGUUGGCUUGCCCCCUGAGAAGCCCUUCAACAUCAGCUGCUGGUCCCGGAACAUGAAGGAUCUCACGUGCCGCUGGACACCGGGUGCACAUGGGGAGACAUUCUUACACACCAACUACUCCCUCAAGUACAAGUUGAGGUGGUACGGUCAGGAUAACACAUGUGAGGAGUACCACACUGUGGGCCCUCACUCAUGCCAUAUCCCCAAGGACCUGGCCCUCUUCACUCCCUAUGAGAUCUGGGUGGAAGCCACCAAUCGCCUAGGCUCAGCAAGAUCUGACGUGCUCACACUGGAUGUCCUGGACGUGGUGACCACGGACCCCCCACCCGACGUGCACGUGAGCCGCGUUGGGGGCCUGGAGGACCAGCUGAGUGUGCGCUGGGUCUCACCACCAGCUCUCAAGGACUUCCUCUUCCAAGCCAAGUACCAGAUCCGCUACCGCGUGGAGGACAGCGUGGACUGGAAGGUGGUGGAUGACGUCAGCAACCAGACCUCCUGCCGUCUCGCGGGCCUGAAGCCCGGCACCGUAUACUUCGUCCAAGUGCGUUGUAACCCAUUCGGGAUCUAUGGGUCGAAAAAGGCGGGAAUCUGGAGCGAGUGGAGCCACCCCACCGCUGCCUCCACCCCUCGAAGUGAGCGCCCGGGCCCGGGCGGCGGGGUGUGCGAGCCGCGAGGCGGCGAGCCCAGCUCGGGCCCGGUGCGGCGCGAGCUCAAGCAGUUCCUCGGCUGGCUCAAGAAGCACGCGUACUGCUCGAACCUUAGCUUCCGCUUGUACGACCAGUGGCGUGCUUGGAUGCAGAAGUCACACAAGACCCGGAACCAGGACGAGGGGAUCCUGCCCUCGGGCAGACGGGGUGCGGCGAGAGGUCCUGCCGGCUAAACUCUAAGGAUAGGCCAUCCUCCUGCUGGAUCAGACCUGGAGGCUCACCUGAAUUGGCGCCCCUCUGUACCAUCAGGGCAACAAAGAAACCUACCAGGGGCUGGGGCACAAUGAGCUCCCACAACCACAGCUUUGGUCCACAUGAUGGUCACACUUGGAUAUACCCCCAUGUGGGUAGGGUUGGAGUAAUGCAGAGCCCUCCAAGAGCCUCUUUAAGUAAAUAAAUGAGUUGUUCAGGUCCCAAUGG